UGGCAUUAAGGGGUCCUGCGUGCCGUGGUGGAGGCGGCCAGCUCCGGAGCGUCGGUCCUGUGCCUGUGCGAGAAGGGAGAUGCCAUGAUCAUGGAAGAGACCGGCAAGAUUUUCAAGAAGGAGAAGGAAAUGAAGAAAGGUAUUGCCUUCCCAACGAGUAUAUCAGUAAAUAACUGCGUCUGCCACUUCUCUCCCUUGAAGAGCGACCAAGACUACAUCCUCAAAGACGGAGACUUGGUUAAAAUUGACUUGGGGGUCCACGUCGAUGGCUUCAUCGCGAACGUAGCGCACAGUUUUGUCAUAGACGCCUCGAAGGAAAACCCCGUGUCAGGCCGUAAAGCUGAUGUCAUCAAGGCAGCUCAUCUCUGUGCCGAGGCUGCUCUGCGCUUGGUAAAGCCGGGAAACCAGAACACGCAAGUGACGGACGCGUGGAACAAAAUCGCCCACUCGUUUCACUGCACGCCGAUCGAAGGGAUGCUGUCGCACCAGCUGAAACAGCACGUGAUCGACGGGGAGAAAACCAUCAUCCAGAACCCUACAGACCAGCAAAAGAAGGACCACGAAAAAGCAGAAUUUGAGGUCCAUGAAGUUUACGCCGUUGACGUUCUCGUCAGCAGCGGAGAGGGAAAGGCGAAGGAUGCCGGGCAGAGAACUACAAUUUACAAGAGGGACCCUUCCAAACAGUACGGCUUGAAGAUGAAAACCUCCCGUGCCUUUUUCAGUGAGGUGGAGAGGCGCUUUGACACUAUGCCAUUCACUCUCAGGGCAUUUGAGGAUGAGAAGAAGGCCAGGAUGGGGGUGGUGGAAUGCGCCAAGCACGAGCUGCUCCAGCCUUUCAAUGUCCUCUACGAAAAGGAAGGGGAGUUCGUGGCACAGUUCAAAUUCACGGUGCUUUUAAUGCCCAACGGUCCCAUGCGGAUAACCAGCGGCCCCUUCGAGCCGGAGCUCUACAAGUCGGAGUUCGAGGUGCAGGACGGAGAGCUGAAGGGGGGUGCCCUUCUACAAAGUUCUGCAAGCCGGAAGACCCAGAAAAAGAAGAAAAAGAAGGCCUCCAAGAACGCAGAGAAUGCCACCACGGGAGAGACG